AGCCCCGACGCGCUCCGUCCGCCUGCCGGCUCCCGGGAACCCCGACCGGCCAGAGCCUCGGUGGUGGCAGCGCGGGGAGCCCCACGCGCGGGGAAGCGCGGCGGACGGGGCACGCGAUUGGGGAGGCGCUGCCGCCCGGCAGCGGGUGACGGGAACCGGGACCGCGGCCUCCGGGACCCUGCUGCCCAGGCCGGCCGGGCGGGAGCGGGAGUGCGUGGACCCCACCCUCGGGGCACCGGGCGCCGGGACCUGCUCCCUCUCCCGUGGGAGGGAGGACCCUCCGCAUUCCCGGGACAGCCAGAGGAGAUCGCCGCAGGGCGCGCGCUGUCCCUCCCACGCUGGCUCUGGAGGAGACCCCCAGAAGUCGGGAAGGGUCGUGGGACCUGAAGGACCCGGAGUGAGACCGCCCCCACUCCUCAGCGCACUCCAGACAGUUCGGGACUUUGGAGGCAGAGAAAGGGAGCCAUGUCUGUGGAGUAGGCAUCCCACAUCCCACCCAGCACUCACCGCGGAGAGGCGUCCUGACACGCACAAGCCAGGACCCUCCAGGGAACCCGCCGCAGUCGGUUCCAGUUUGCUGGAGAGUGGAAGACUUCGCCCCUCAACUUCGUGCGCCCAAGCAGUGGACCCGGGCAGAGCCCCUCCGUUCAGAUCUCCAGCAGACGGAAAGAGCCCUCAACCCCCGAAAGAUCCAGUUUGGGGGGAGGGGGAUUCCCCCAAAGGGGAGGAGACAACUCCUGGUUGGGGGAGGCUCCUCCCCUCCUCCCUAGGGUAGCAGGCAGGGUGUGGGGGGUGUGCCACCUGCCCCAGGUAGGUCCUCCCUCUCCCCCUCCUCCUCCUCCGGCUCCUCUUCCUCCCUCGGGGGACUCAGUUCCCCGCUCCGGUUAGGGAGGCUCCGCCGGGCACUGCAAGAAUCUCAGAGGAUGAGACCUGUCACCUGCCUGUGAAGAGGGGAAUCCCUGCAACCUCAAACUUCUGUAGCAGGUGGUUUCCUCCGGUGACUGGGGGAACCUCGGAGGCAGGGUUUCCCUAAGGCAGAUUAACGGCCAGCAGAGGUCUUCCAGUCUAGUACAGUGACUGCUCGCCUGACUGUCAAUCUGUCCCCACCCACUCUCUCUGUCUUGGAUACCAGGAGGCCCUUCUGACAUCCCUGCUUCAGGCUGGAUAUCUGCCAUCCAAAGGGAAACGUGAAUCCACAUGCCCUGAGGGAUGAACUUGGUCCUUGUGAAUUUGCUAACUGGCCUUCCACUGUUGGUCGUGAGAACCCAGCUGUGAACAGACACUGCCCGAGCUCCCUGCUGUAGUCCAGAGGCUGGGAUGUUUUGACACAGCAAAAGGCUACAAGAACCCAGAAGUACGAUGGCCUCUGACCUCGAGAGCAGCCUCACCUCCAUAGAUUGGCUGCCCCAGCUCACUCUCCGAGCUACUAUUGAGAAGCUUGGGAGUGCUUCUCAGGCUGGGCCUCCAGGGGGCAGCAGAAAGUGUUCCCCAGGCUCUCCCACGGAUCCUAAUGCCACCCUCAGCAAAGAUGAGGCAGCAGUCCACCAAGAUGGCAAGCCACGAUACAGCUAUGCCACUCUCAUCACCUAUGCCAUCAACUCUUCUCCAGCUAAGAAGAUGACCCUCAGUGAAAUUUAUCGCUGGAUCUGCGAUAACUUCCCUUAUUACAAGAAUGCUGGCAUUGGUUGGAAGAAUUCCAUCCGACACAACCUUUCUCUUAACAAGUGCUUCCGGAAGGUGCCCAGACCUCGGGAUGACCCUGGGAAGGGCUCUUACUGGACAAUUGACACCUGCCCUGACAUUUCCCGGAAGAGAAGACACCCUCCAGAUGAUGAUCUAUCCCAAGACUCUCCAGAACAGGAGGCCAGCAAAAGCCCCAGGGGAGGUGUCCCAGGGAGUGGAGAAACCUCGUUGCCUCAUGAGGGGAACCCUCAGAUGUCACUGCAGAGCCCGUCCUCCAUGGCCAGCUACAGCCAGGGCCCAGGGUCUGUGGAUGGUGGAGCAGCAGGGCCUCCAGGCCGAGAAAGCACAGAGGGUGCCCCUCCCCUCUACAACACCAACCAUGACUUCAAAUUCUCCUACUCAGAGAUCAACUUCCAGGACCUAAGCUGGUCCUUCCGCAACCUCUACAAGUCCAUGCUGGAGAGGUCCUCCUCCUCACAGCACGCAGGGUUUUCCUCUCUCCUGGGAGACAUGCCGCCUUCUAACAACUACUACAUGUACCAGCAGCCACCACCUCCGCAGCAGCCGCAGCAGCCGCAGCCGCCGCCCCAACAGUCACAGCCACAGCAGCCGCAGGCACCCACGCAGGGCCCCUCAGCUGUAGGGGCUGCCCCUCCAUUGCACACCCCCAGCCCCGACGGUUGUACUGCACCAGGGGGAAAGCAGGCGGGGGCCGAAGGCUACGGCCCCUCCACUGUGAUGGCCAUGCAUCCUCCGCCACUGCAGCACGGGGGCUACCACCCUCAUCAGCACCACCCCCACACCCACCCUGCCCAGCAGCCACCUCAGCAGCAAGCACAGAGCCAGGCGCCCAUCACCAGCACUGGCUUUGGUGAGCACGGAGGGGACAGAGAGAGCUGGGAGGAGGCCUUUCCUCCAGACUGGUGCUCCAGUAUUGACUCCUUAAAGGAGAGCUUCAAGAUGGUGAACCGGCUCAACUGGUCCAGCAUUGAGCAGUCCCAGUUCUCGGAGCUGAUGGAGAGUCUGCGGCAGGCCGAGCAGAAGAACUGGACCCUUGACCAGCAUCACAUUGCCAACCUGUGUGACUCCCUCAACCACUUCCUCACCCAGACUGGUCACCUGCCCCCGCAAGGGGGCUCCCACCGACCACCUGCCCCUGCCCGCAUCCCUGACUCCUGUGCUCUCACCAGUGGCAAACCGGAGCCAUCCAUGAACCAAGUGAACUCUUAUGGCCAUCCACAAGCUUCCCAUCUCUACCCUGGCACAGCACCCAUGUACCCAAUUUCCACCCAAGACACAGCAGGAUACAGUCGCCCAGCACACCACAUGGUUCCUCGGCCACCUGUCCCCCCUCCUGGUGCCAGUGAGGAGAUCGCUGAUGACUUCGACUGGGACUUGAUCACUUAAAGAAUCAGAGUGGACAUCAGCCCGAGGCCUGGUGGUGAAUCUCGCCAUGGGGGAGGAGCAGUCCCUGCCCAUCCUCCCCAAACCUGUAUAUAGAUAUAUAGCUUCUUAAUGUUCUCUGUCAGAGAAGUCACCGCAAGAUGCUGCCGAAGAUAAUCCCUUCCUUCCUCGUUCUCUUUUCUUCCUAGUUCUUUUAUUAUUAUUCUAAUUAUAUUAUUGUUAUUAUUGGUUAUAUACUGCCCAGUCUACUGCCCCUCACCAUGGGCUAUGCCCUCCUCUUCCCUAUUUGAAAUCUUCCAGCUGCAAGAUGAGACCAUGAUAGCUGUAGAGAAAAGUUUCAAAUUCUAGUUCACCUUUCUCUCUGAGAAACUCAAUGCUACUCCCCCUUUCAGCUCUAAAUCGUGUUCUGUUCCUGUCUGUUUCAGGCUGGCCUGGAGAGGCCUCAGCAGGCAGAGGGGGGUCUAAGACACUGCUUGGCAGCCAUGACUCUGCAGGUUUUACUCAAUGGUGCUAAUCGUGUCCUCCGAACUCUUCCUUUAUGCACCCAGUCUUUACUCUUCUGGCGGCCCCCUGCUCCCUGUCUAGGGUGGGCUUGGACAGCUGAGUUGAGUACAAAGCCGUGGAGAAGUGGUGGAUCUGAGUUAGCAUGAAGAUAGGCUGAUGCUCUCAGGGUGGCAUGAGGACCACUGUUCAUCAUAGGUUCAGCCUCUUGGAAACGCUUUGAAUUUCAAGUAUUUGGUUUUGGAAAAAUAAUUCUUUCUGAGAAUUACUGUGGCUAUGACUGCAUAUGUAAAUUAUCUUCCAUCUUCUUUUUUCCCCUUCAGCAAAUGUUCUUUUGUCUUCCUAUAGCUGUUUGUCCAAAUCGUCCUCCCGUCUUGCUCUCUUUUCCCAUUUUCUGGGAUCCUCAAACAGCACAAGGAAGCCAUCCUCACUCUGGCUUUCUUCGUGUCCUGGACAUGCUGUGGAAACCCCUUUCCCACCUUCACAGCUGACUCAUCCCUAGUAUCGCUGACAGGAAGGGGGGAGGGGAGGAGAAGGGAAUUGGCGCAGACACAGGUAGGGCUGAGUCGUUGGUUUCGCCACACUGGGAGUGCAUCUCUUGAGAUCUGGAUCAGUGGCUGAAGCCUUUGCUUCUAACAGGCACUGAAAUUGUAAGCGGGAAAUCAAUACAGAGAUGAUUCAGAGAGGGCAAGGGGCACUCCUGGGCAUAGGGCCGAGUAAUCUCUAUUAACCAUAAGCAACCGGGGCUUACUGCUGCAGGGUUCCUGUGAAUGUGUCUGUUGAAUUUGGCUUUUGAGAGGGAAGACCAAGUUUACUUCCAUUUUUCUGAAAUGGACAAAAUACGUAGUUUAGGCAAGGCCAAUCUCUUUGUGGUUUCUGACUUUUGGUUAUUUUCUCUUAUUUAUCCAUGAUUUCCAAGAUAUUGGACUUCCCACUCUGAUUUCCCCACUACCAACCCCUUUCCUUUUUUCAGAAGGGGGUUCAAGUAUGAGAUAGUUGAAGUCCAGUGAGGCUAAGUGAAGACGCAUAAGAUAGGGCAGUUCACUAAAGAGCACUUUAUUUCUUUUGAAGCCUUUGUAAGGAAAAAAAGAAGGGGGAAUAUAAGAAAAAAAGCCAGUGCCCUCCAACACAAUGGGAGAUUGUACUGGGGAGCACUUGGUGGGGUUGAAGUAUGAUGCAAUAUUUCCCACUGGGGAGAGGAGAGUUUCUCUAGAGGGUGGCACAAGCCUUUGCCUGGUACCCAGUUAGCAUCCCCUCGUUCCUUCCCUCCAGGUGUGUUCUACACAGCUUCCCUUUGGUUCUCCUCCACACCUUGUCUUUGCAGAGCACCGCUCCGCUUUUCUCAACACCUCCCCUGGUCAGAUCUGUACAAGGUUGGGAAGGGUAGACUGAGUCAGACUCCUGAAUGCCCCGGCUCCUCCACGUCCUGAGACCCAGAGUCUCAUGAAGAGCCAGCCCUGGUGGGCAGCCAGAGCCGCCUUAGGCCUCCCCCUGAUGUUCCAGCCCUCCUCCACCAGGAUCAGGAUUGCAGAAUGGCACGGGACAAACUUGAUUCCUGUUGGGCCUCAGUUUCCCAUCCCCUCCAUGAAGUGGAGAGAAAACUACUUUAUUUUGUUGGUCCAGUGUUGCUGGACAUGAAGUUUUGUCAUUGUUGUUGUCUUGGGUGAUGUGUGCAAAAUUGUAGGAGUCACUGCCUGUCAGGAAAUAAGGGAAAAAGCAGAGGAGGAGGACAAAAGGAGAGAUCAUUUGGUAUUGAUCCACCUAUCCUAGGCUUCCUCUCCUCAACUCCCGUGUUUCUGGUUUGGUGAGUUCUUUAUACCACCCAUAAUGCUUUGCAUUGGUGCAGGCUGGGAAGAGGGUGUAUAAGCUCACAACUUGAUUUUUUUUGCAUGCUUUCUUAAUAAAAAAAAAAGAAUGUU